CCUGAACAUUCCACUUCCUCCAGUUGCAAAAAUGGACAUGGACACUAGCAAACUACACUGGGGACAUCAAGAAUACAAUCUUGGAGAGUUUGCUGAAAAAUUCAAGGACUCCUUUCCUAAGAUCAUCAAUGUGACGGUGGGCUUUCUUGGACAACAGGAACUGGACAGUAUCAGCUCAAGCACACACAUCAUGGUCCACUCCCUGCUCUGUCAGCAGAGAGCAGUGUUUGAGAGCAAACAUGGGAAAGUCCUGUCCCUACCUGUCACCAUCUCCACUGUAGGCUUCUACAUAAUCAGAAAUGAUAGACGAGAAGGACCACCAAUCAGUCUUCAGGCUAUUUUGGAGUCCAACCCACUGCCAGUGGUUAUCCAACCAAUAACGCCACUCGUCCUGCCGUGGCUGUCAGGGGGUCAUAGGCUGGACACACUGACAAUCACACGCACCUAUGAGGAGCAGCUCUUAAUUGGGUUUCCUUUCAGCAGCAAAGGAAUCCUCUCCAGACACACUCCUCUGGUGCUGCCCAUGUAUAUGAAGGAGGUGCGUAUUGCACUGGCAGAGGGGUUGGAGGGACUCGAACAGGGCCAGUUCGAGGACGCCUGUGCUACAUUGGGGGGGCAGAUCGAUGAACUGGGACUCAGGAACCUUUUCAUCUUUCAAGAUAUCACCAUUUUGAAUAAGCAAGAGUUGAUUGAAAAGGGUCACAAAUACAUGGAGGUGCAGCCAAUCUACAUGUGCCUGAAGAGCCAGGGUGAUGAAAUCAACCUCUACCAGCACCUUGACUUUGAGACAACCGAGCCUCCUACUUUACAGAGAAAAGCAGCAAGACCCCCACCUCUACCCCCUAAACCACAAUAUUUACAAAUAGCUAGACACAAACUUCCACCCCUUUCUCCAUCAUUGGAGAAAAAUUCCCAGUUCUACUCUGGCGGCUCAUGGCACCCACUCUUCUGCUCCUUAGCAGAGGUGCCCUCUAAUCUACGGGACCUGAGUGUGGCACAGGUGUGCUCCUGCCUACGACUGCUCAACUUGGACCAGUACUGCCAGGCCUUCGAGAGGGAGCAGAUUGACGGGGAUCUGUUGUACACAGUUGAGCCCAGCAUGAUGAGGGAGACCCUGGGUAUGGAGAGCCUGCACGUGGGCAAGCUUCUCCGCUUCCGAGAGGGCUGGAGGCCCUUACUUGGGUCUUCUGGAGCUGAGCAGGUUGGGUAGUAAUGGAUUAUCUGUAAUGGGGAUUAUAAUCAGAUUAUAAAAAUUUCAUUGGCAAUCUGGGAUCCAAACAACACUAAAGCGAUCAUAGAAGUGACAUUUUGUACUCUUGUGCUGGAUGGUAAAUUAUAUACAUAUUUUAUGUUAGGCUAAGUACCAUUUACAUUAGUAAUGGCUAAAGUGUCAUUCAGAAUAAAGGCUCCUUUUUGGAGUAAUUCCUGCUGGGAAGCAAACAUUCAUCCACACAGCAUGAUAAAAAGCACGGGUUUCAGGCCAAUAGCCUUGUCCCGCUGUCACACCACAGGGCCGGUGGAGUCACAGACGUCAUUGACAUUUUCAUUUCCAUUGACAAAAUGUAAUUGACUUUCAGUCAUUUCAUUUACCACAACUACAGCAAUAAGAUACAGAAAUAAAUACCUACAUGAGGUCCAAGAAAAUAAACAUAACAUACAUUUUAUGGCCAACAAAAAGCAUGCAAAACAAAAGAAGGCACAAGGAUCUAAGCUGCACUACAUGACCAAAAGUAUGUGGAUACCCCUUCAAAUUAGUGGACUUGGCUAUUUAUCCACACCCAUUGCUGACAGGUGUAUCAAAUUUAAACACACAGCCAAGCAAUCUCCAUAGACAAACAUUAGCAGUAGAAUGGCCCAUACUGAAGAGCUCAGUGACAUUCAACAUGGCCCCAUUAUAGGAUGCCACCUUUCCAACAAGUCAGUUCAUCACAUUUCUGCCCUGCUAGAGCUGCCCAAGUCAACUGUAAGUGCUGUUAUUGUAAUGUGGAAAUGUCUAGAAUCAACAACGACUCAGCCACGAAGUGGUAGGCCACACAAGCUCACAGAAUGGGACCGCUGAGUGCUGAAGAGCGUACAAAUCGUCUGUCCUGGGUUGCAACACUUACUACUUAGUUCCAAAGUGCCUCUGGAAGCAACAUCAGCACAAUAACUGUUUGUCGGGAGCUUCGUGAAAAGAGUUUCCAUGGUCAAGCAGCUGCACACAAGCCUAAAAUCAGCUUGCCCAAUGCCAAGCAUUGGCUGGAAGGGUGUAAACCGCACCGCCAUUGAACGCUGGAACAGUGGAAAUACGUUCUCUGGAGUGAUGAAUCACGCUUCACCAUCUGUCUGUCCGACGCAAGAAUCUGGGUUUGGCGGAUGCCAGGAACACGCUACCUGCCCAAAUGCAUAGUGGCAACUGUAUAGUUUGUUGGAGGAGGAAUAAUGGUCUGGGGCUGUUUUUCAUGGUUUGGGCUUGGCCCCUUAAUUCCAGCAAAGGGAAAUCUUAACGCUACAGCAUAGAAUAACAUUCUAGAUGAUUUUAGUCACCUCGACAAUCUUCUCUCAGGAUCAGGAGCCUUGCAGAGAGACAUAUGGCCAUGAUGCAGCAUUUUAUUUAAAAUCCCUGAAACUGUUCUGUAAUGGGCAACACAGUAUGUAUAAAUACUGUAUGAAUCAUGAAACUUCCAGAGAUGUCCAUACACAGCUCUCAGACCUUCUCCAAAAUGACUUUGCUUCUGUUCAACUCCAGCACCUUAGAGCUAUACCGCACAAGCUCCACCUCCUCAUCCAUUGACGGUGUGGCAAUAGCGACACCGCUUCCCAUUAAUUUUCAAUGGAGGGAAAGCAGUGAGAAGCGUGGUGUGGGAGGCGGUGAAAAAGUUCAGCAUUUCCCAGCUUCAUGCAAAUCACCAGCAGCGACCCCUGUGCAAUGACCAAUUAUUUUGAGUGGUUCCCAUGACGAAUUUGAUGCUACGCAACCCAACGCUGGAGACUUUCUUCAGCAAAGAUGGCUGACAAAAAUACUAGGAUGGAAGCAAAUGUAAGUCAUUAUUUAAGUGAUAAUGCCAGUGAAGCCCGUGUUUGGAGAAAGAUUUGGCAUGGAACGAGACGACGUCGAGUGCCGGCAAACCGUGCCAUUAUUUCCUCCAAACACCGGCUUUGAGAGCAUUAUCACUUUUAUACAAGGGGUUACCAACAUAUUUAAAAAAUGAUUGAAAUGUGAGAUAAUGUCUAAACUUUAUUUUGAUGAAUUUAUUCAUACUAUUUCAUCCUUCCACAAGAUAUAGUCCCGACACAAAUCUAGGGUUGCUACCCAAGCCGGCUCCACGUUCAUUCUAUUGGUUCGGUUGCCUAGUUAAAGAAAGGUUAAAAAAAAAAAGUUUAACAAAGUAAAAACAGUGUAUUGCGUAGUCAGAUGGAACAGAGUAAAUAGGCAUUUUAACAUCAUAGAUUUAGCCGGUGGUAAUUUGUGGAAUAGACACGGGCUGGAAUGCGCUUUUAACCAAUCAGCAUUCAGGAUUAGACCCACCGGUUGUAUAAAACGUCAUUACAAAUCAUUCAAAUCAUGCAAAAUAUGUACAGUAUAUGUAUAUGUAUAUGUUAGUUAAUGUAAAGACCAGUGGCGACUGGUCAUUCAGGGCAUGUGGGGCAGAGCUACAUUUUUUGCAAUUUUUUAAAUAAAACGUUUGAGGGGAUUGCCUGUUUUGCAUGUUAUUUUGGCAUUUAUGAACAUUUGAACAUCUUGGCCACGUUCUGUUAUAAUCUCCACCCGGCACAGCCAGAAGAGGACUGGCCACCCCACAUAUGCUCUCUCUAAUUCUCUCUUUCUUUCUCUCUCUCGGAGGACCUGAGCCCUAGGACCGUGCCCCAGGACUACCUGACAUGAUGGCUCCUUGCUGUCCCCAGUCCACCUGACUGUGCUGCUGCUCCAGUUUCAACUGUUCUGCCUUAUUAUUAUUCGACCAUGCUGGUCAUUUAUGAACAUUUGAACAUCUUGGUCAUGUUCUGUUAUAAUCUCUACCCGGCACAGCCAGAAGAGGACUGGCCACCCCACAUAGCCCAGUUCCUCUCUAGGUUUCUUCCUAGGUUUUGGCCUUUCUAGGGAGUUUUUCCUAGCCACCGUGCUUUUACACCUGCAUUGUUUGCUGUUUGGGGUUUUAGGCUGGGUUUCUGUACAGCACUUUGAGAUAUCAGCUGAUGUACGAAGGGCUAUAUAAAUACAUUUGAUUUGAUUUGAUUUGAUUUGAUUAAUACGUGUCACAUAUCAGUUUGAAAACAAUGUAAAUAAAAUAAUAAUCAUUGACUUAAUAAAGCUGCAUACAAACAUGG